UCAUAAGGUUUAUUGCGAACGACUGUAUUCCAGCUGCACUCCUCCACACACACACACGCGCUGCGAGUGCGCGCUUACUACUUGGCUCAGGCUCAGGCUUACCUGGCUCAGGCUCAUGUCAGGCUCAGCCGCUCAGGCAAACACAGGUAGGUAGCCGCUAAUACUGGUUAGCCUGGCCCUGCCCGCUUCAGGUGGGCGCACGGAUUUGCAUGAGCUCGGCGCGCCUUUCCAUUUCCAACCCUUUUCAUCCACCCACCACCUCAAAUCACAUCAAUCAGGCCUGAUGUCUGUUGACGUUAACUGGCAGAAGCUCACUGGUGGCUCCGACGGAGCUGAUCUUGCUGAGAGCAUUCGUGCAUUCAUCCAUGACAAAUUCCAGCAGGUUCCGCUCCCGCGAUUCAUACGCUCCGUUCAAGUACACAACUUUGACUUUGGCCAUGUUGCUCCUCAGAUAGAGAUCAAAGACAUCUGUGAUCCACUCCCCGACUUUUACGAGGAUGAUGAAGACGAUGGGACCGAGAAUGGAGACGGAGGAACCGAUAGCGGCGCCCAGUCUGCACUGUUAGGCAGCAAGCCAAGUGACCAUCCACCGACCCUUACCGAUCCGCAUGCCAAAAUUCGAGGCGAAAACGGCCAAAGAGUGGACAAUAACUCAUUCGACUACUAUACAAGGUCCAGUGGUCCACGCGCUAGCUACUCAUCCAGCGAGCAGCAACUCCCUGGUGCGCCAUUCCUCUCACGAGCACCCACACCAGGUCUGCUGGGCGGCUCGUCAAAUCUGAGCUACUUUCAUAUGCCUUUCAGCGCUGGUCUACCUGGUACUACGACUCCACUUGCUGCUGUGGCAGGUGCCCAAUUCCACCAUGGUUGGCCGGACGCCCAUCAACAGCAUGCUAGCAUGCGAGAGUUCCAGCCAUCGUCACGUGCCCCGGCUGGUUCUAUCACUUCCAGCUCUCCGCCUUCUAUAGCUGAUCCUGGCUCCAGACCACCCUCUCAACAUCUGCAGAAUAGUAGCAGGCCUCAUUCGCCUGCAGGGUCCGAGGUCGAUACUUAUGAAACUGGUACGUUUGAGCAACUUCAGGGAGAGGAGCCACCGCUUUCGGAACCAGAUGCCAAUGAUAUCCAAGUGGUGUCACACGUCAAGUACUCCGGCGACAUCAAGUUAGGAAUUACAGCUUCGAUCCUGUUGGACUACCCCAUGCCUAGCUUUGUAGAAAUUCCCAUUAAACUCAAUAUCACAGGCAUCACGUUUGACGGUGUAUCAAUUCUAGCUUACAUCCGGAAGAAGGCACACUUCUGCUUCCUCGCACCAGAGGAUGCGGAGUCCAUAAUCAGUAAUGAGGCUCCACUUGGCACUAGUCUGGAGCAUGCGGCCACCCGACGGCAGGUAGCUGGGGGUUUGCUCGAACAAAUCCGCGUUGAGAGCGAGAUCGGACAAAAGGAAGGUGGAAAGCAGGUCCUGAAGAAUGUUGGGAAGGUGGAAAAAUUCAUUCUCGAGCAAGUAAGGCGAAUCUUUGAGGAAGAGUUCGUCUAUCCCAGCUUCUGGACUUUUCUGGUGUAACGCGGCGGCCCCCGACACGGUGGCUCUUCUUAUUAUCAUCGCGCGGGUGUUGGUAACCGUGCCCUAGGACUUGUCACCUACUUGCUGCAGUCUGCAGCCCUGGCGGUUCACUG